AUGGUGCAAGUGAAGAACCCAGCAGGCCUGUGCGUGGAUGUGUCUGCAGCCAGCCACGAAGCCCCCGAUGUGGCAUGCACCCCGAAGACCCCCACAAGCUCGGUCCUGAGGAAUGCGAAUGGCAGGCCCAGCAUCACUCCACGAGACACCAAGUCCUCUCGCCUGCGCAAGUCCCUGGGCUCGGCUGGGUCCCCCCCCUCGGUGACAUCGGGGUUCCCCCGCUCUCGCAGCCACACCCCGGAAGUCAACUCCAGCGGCCUCGCCUUCGAGAUGACCAGGCUACGGGACGAGGCGCGCGCAAAACAGAAGGAGGCGGACGCGCUCUCGGCGGAACUGACGACCGUAAAUGGGGCCGUCGCGACGAAGGACCGCGCCCUCAAGGCCGCCUCUGGAACCAUCGAGGCUCUGACUCAGCGCGCUCUUACCGCCGAAGCCAACCUGGCAGCCAAGGCCAAGGAGCUGUCGGAUGGCUCGGGCUUCUCGGAGGCGAUAGCCGCACUGGAGAGCGAGCUGCGCUCGGUGCGAGCUGCCAACCAAGCUUUGACCGACGACAACAAGGGCUGCUACGCUCAGAUCCGCGCCAAGGACAAGGAGCUGGAUUCGGCCGCAGUGCAGGUGGAACAUGCCAAGGCGGUCGCCGUCGAGAACAAGGAGCUGCAGAACAGCAUCCUGGACCUGAGCCGGCGGCUGCAGGAGGCGGCCGACGAGCGCGCCACCCUAACAGCCGUGGCCAGACAGCGAGAGGCAGAAGUCGCGCGCGCGCAGGCGGAAGCUGCCGAGAAGGCGGAGGAAGCCGCCGAGAAGGCGCGCCAGCUGGCGGCGACCAACACGCAGCUCAAGGUGUGGGGUUUUCUCACCUGCUCCAGCAAAACAAAGAGCAAAACAAAGGAGACGGCGUCGGAGGAGCGCGGCGCUGAGCUGGCGGGCGAGCUGGCGUUACUAAACGAUGAGCUAACCCGCGUGCGCGCCGUGGCGGCCCGCGCGACGGUGCGAGAGAUCGCCGGAGGCGGCAAGGACGAGGGCGUCGUGCCGGUCAAGAUGCACCUGGAAGAGGUGCGGUACCUGCAGGGCGAGAAUGAUCGGCUGAAGGAAAAGUUGGCACACGCCGAGAGGAGCGCCGUAGCAGCAUCCGCCCAGAAGGAGAGGCUGCACAAGAAGCUGGACGCAGUGACCGCCAAGACAAGCCCACGCAAGCCGACAAUCAUUGCCGGACUUUCUGAGGUGACCGCGCUCAAAGAAUCUCUCGCCGCCCGCGAAGCCGAAGCAUGCGCUUUGCGCGAACAGGUGGAGAAGGCAGGACCAAGAGUGGCAGCCGCGCGCGCGAGCUGCAAGAAGUACGAGCGCGAAAUCGCGGCGCUCACAGUACAGCUGACCGCUGCCGGGCUGCAGCCACUGACGUCGCCGGCCGCCGCCAGGUCAGCGCUGACUCACUUUUGA